UAUACUUUCUUCGUCCCGCCAAACACACUUCAUUUGUAUAUACAUAAUACCGUCCUCUCGCCCCUUCACCUAUACACACAGCUUAUUCACGUACACAGAUGCUUUCCAUUGCACGUCAACAAUGCGCUAGUUUAGCCCGACGACAGGUACGCCAUGCCAGUACCGGUGGCCGCCCAGACACGAAUGCCGCCAGUGGCGAUUCCCGUAUGGAACUUAUUCGACGAGUCCUUUUUGAAUCACCAAACCGCGAACCUACCAUUAAACUUGAAGGCGAAGCCCUGGAACAACACGAAACGAUCGAACGUGCAUGGAAACUACACAAAAUGCGUCAACGUGAACAGCGACAACAGACCUUGGAACGACAAUUCCGAUCCGUGCAUGCAGCCAUGAGCGAACUCGAAAAGACCAGCGAUCGGUUGUUCAAGGGCGCCAUUGUAAAGAGCCGGCAUAUCACCUAUCCUAAACAAUCCAAGAUUCCCACUGAAACACCAUCAAACCAAGGAUGGGAUUAUAGCUACAAGGCAUCAUCAGAAUAAAAAAAAAGGA